UCGGUGGACUCCCAUGCUUGGAACAACCAAGGAGACGAAAACACUACAAAGAGAGGUCGAGGGUUCAUGAGGGCCUGGCUCACAGAAUUGUAAGUGUGGCAUGCUGGCAAAACUGAACAACUGAUCAUCAGAUACAGGUCAUGGUAUAAGCAUGGCUUCUGAGAACGCUCAGAGUUUCCUCCAGCCACUCUCCUCCUGGAUGUCCCGGAUGUAUGAAGCUGUCCAACAAGCAGGAGACUCCUUAUCUUCUUCGUUGGUCAACUUGAGGAGAGUGGACCACAAGUUGGAGGAAGAUGGAAACCAGGACUUAGAAGACAGUGAUGGCAGUUAUAAGGACUACUCUGAAGAUUCAGAAGAUGAAGGACGUCUUAGCCAGAACAUGAAAGGUGCUGAGCACGUGCAUCUUGAAGACAGUCACUUUCCAUCAACAAGUCAUGAUCUUAAUUCCCAGGCACCUGCUGGUGGCUCCAACAUGAGUCUACAAUGGCAAAAAAGAGUGAGAAGUGGCACCAGCUCCUCAGAGCAAUGUCCAGAUGACACCAACUCUCUGUCAUCCCAGGGAUUUUACCAAGAAUAUGAUGAUCACCAGCUGCUAGGUAUGCUUUCUGCCAUACCCGAGGAGGAAGUCUACCUCAACAGGCAGAUAAGGGAUCUUCAACAUGACCUUGAUGUGGCUGGCUCAUUAGAAAAUAUUAAUGGAAAGGCAUGUGUGGAAGUGAACAGUUAUGGGGAGGAUGAAGAGCUAACCACAUCUUCAGAUAGCGACGAUGAGGUGAUGAAACAGUUUGCGAUCUCUGUGUCGCGCUCACAGAGUUUUCGAUCGGGGGUGUCUGAAAAGGCAACACAGGCAGGUUCAGAACGUAAACCUAAAUUCAACCGCUUGCUGUCCAACCAUGAGGAGUACAGUACCGAGGCAUCUGAAUGCGAAGAACUGGAUGGGCUAAGCCAACUGAGUUUUCAAGACAACUUAUCCUAUCAUGAAGAGGACCACAUAUCUGUUGAUUCAAGAACUACCUCUGAGAGUAGGGGUACCAUGCAAGCCAAAGGCCCUGGAAUGGAGGCUAGCAGUGCCCAUAGCCUUAGCCAACAAGCCACAGAAGGGAGCUUGCAAAUGGAGACGGCAUUCAGCAACCAGAGAUUUGAAGGAAAUGAUGCAACUGACAGCUCAUCCGCUUGGAGCCCUGAGGAACACGAUGGAGGGAAUAGUCUUCCAGCUCAUCAUAAUGCCCAUGAACCCAUUUCUAAAUGCGGUGACCUAGACGUCCUCCUCGAUUAUAAGGCCUCAAGCCAAAAGCUGCUGGUAACUAUCCUGGAGGCUAAGGAUAUCCCAGACAAAGAUCGCAGUGGUGUGAACACCUGGCAAGUUCACACAGUCCUGAUGCCCAGCAAGAAACAGAGGGGAAAGUCGAGCAUUCAGAAAGGACCCAUCCCAGUGUUCAAAGACAAAAUGACCUUUAAUAAGCUGGAGCCAGAGAAGCUGAGUAGCUACGCACUCAGGUUCCGUCUCUAUGCAGUGCACAAAAUGAUCCAGGAACAGAUGAUGGGGGAGCAACUGUUUUAUCUGAGGAGCCUAAACCAGGAGGGGGAAGUGAAGGUGACACUGGUUUUGGAGCCAAGGAGCAAUAUGAGUAAUGGAGACUCUCAGCUCAGUCUGUCGGCCAUCUCGCACAGUGAUAGCGCUUCUUCAACACAGUCCCUGUCGCACGGAGGUGUACCAGAGCUGCUGGUGGGACUGUCGUACAAUGCUACUACCGGACGGUUGUCAGUAGAGAUGAUUAAAGGCAGCCAUUUCCGCAACCUUGCUAUUAACAGGCCGCCCGAUUCAUCUUCCAUCUGAUUCCUUGUAAAGCUGAAUUCCUUUGUGCGUCCCAGCUAACUCCAGUAAGAAUGAGCCUUGAACACAAACAAAAUACCUCUGUUGGACAAAUGUUUUCCCCCUAUCAGUUCUGAAACUUCUUGUAUUAUAAAAUUCCACCACUCAUAAUUAGUAGGGGCAAAAAAAUCUCAUGCGUACAAGUCCAACUCCAAUCUCAUGUUUCACUAGUCCUACCCAUAAGUUGGUCCAGGCCUAUCGCUAUGUUCAGACAUCUGCACCUCACCCAUUGCCACUUGCUCAUAACUGCAGAAAUCUGCUCCAAGUCAAGAUGUUCAAUAUUUUCAUGUUCAGUGUGCAAUAUUUUAUGUGCAUGGUGCUCAGGAUAAAACCUGUUCUACAAUCUGUGCUGUCAUGUGGCCUCUCAAGCACAAGCUUUCCAAACGGACAUGCACCACAUACUUCCCAUGACCCUGCACAGUCAGAGGGUUUUCGAUUUACUGGGCCAAAGUCUCUACUGAUGUAACUGCAUUGAUGCCAGCAGAGAAUUUAGCUUGCUCUCUGUUAUUAAAAGUAAAAGAAGUAAUUAUUUGAUUUAGCAUUUAAAAUAUUUUAUUGCAUUUAUAUCUUAUGUCAACUUUUUACAGCAGCGUGUCCUAGGGCAUUUACAUGAAGCACACUGAAAUAUAUGUCUGACUCGAUUUGAAUAUACUGUACAUAAGCUGUGUACUGGAGUCUUUCUAUACUGGAUCAGUAUAAUGUUUCUGGCAAGUAAAAGUUUUAUUGUCUCACUGUUGCAUUUGCAGCUGGACACUGGAGAUGCACUGGCUUUACAUAUAUUCCAAUCUUUCUCCUCCACAAUAUUUAGCUCAUUCUGUGUUCUUUAGAAACACAUACUACAAUGUUCCAUCUCCACCUGGCUUGUGGGUGGACAUGAAUAGAUAGUGCAGGGUAUUUUCAUAGAACAGCAUUUUAGGCCUAAUUGAUGAUGAUUAGCAUCACAUGGUCUCUAGAAGAGAAAUCUGGAUGGUUUUAACCCAUUUCCCCCCCACCCCUUCGUUGCUAGUGUAUAAGUAACACACAUCACAAGCAGAUAGCAAUGUGAGCCACAUUCUAAAUAAUUUGCAGGCCAACAUUUGGGUGACUGUGCACUAAAAGUAACACAGAGAUUGGUACGUCUUACAGCACUUGAGACACAUAAGCACAUGCUCUAUCUAUGAACUGGUUACUUAAGGCAGUGGUGACGGAAACAGAUUACCAACAUGUCAGAUUUCUAACUUUCUCUGUGAAUAAAGCAAGUCUUCCUGAGCGUGAAUUCUUGGGUGAUUUCCUCCACCAAAGGUGGUACAGUAACAGGAGGAGAAUCAUUAUUGUGUAUGAGAGAAGUAUCAAACUCAGACUCCUUUUUCACUUUUGUAACAUUCAAAGAUUAAACAGGAAAUUGUACCAUCUGCCUAGUUAAUAAAUAACUAGUAUCGACUGGAAUGUCAGGACCUUAAUUUGACCUGUUUGACGUAUGCUUUGAAAGAGAUCUGAAGUGCAAAACUGUAGUGACAAAUGUGACUAAAGAAUAAGUGAUACUUUUCACCUAUUUGAAGAUAAAACUUUUUUUAAUCAACUUAUGUACUAGCAUGCAUGAUCAUGUAGUAUGUUGCCUCUUGCUAAUUAAUAUUCCUAAAGUAGCAUAUAAUGUCUAGAUGAACUCUCACUGGAAAAAAAAAUUAAGCCCAACUUCUGGAAAAUGUCUAACUGAAAUUAUAUGUGCCCAUAUGACCAUUCAGAGCUCAGAAAUAAUCUUAUUUUGUUAUGCUGAACAUGGUUGCUAUUGGAUUUUAUCAAUAAAGUCUAAGCAGAUGGCUCAUA